AAGAAAAAAAAAAAAAAAAAAAAAUUUUAUGAUUUCCUCAUUUAUUCAAAAGGUUCCCUUCUUUUACACAUACCGUAUUGUCUAUUGGAAAGAAAGACUCGCAUGGAGCAGUUAAAAACUCUGUUCCCUGGGAGAGAAAAGGAAAUUGACUUGCUAGAAAGUGUUACGUCCUUUCAUUCUGACUACAACAGUUAUUCAUCCCAAAGUAUCUUUGUAUAUGGCCCACCGUCCACAGGCAAAACAUCGGUUGUCUCAAAUUUUUUUGGUCAACAAGGAGCCUAUGUCAAUUGUAUAGAAUGCUUCACGCCCAGACUUUUAUUUGAACACGCUUUCAACCAAAUUUCAAGCUAUAAGCCAACACAUGCCAAUGGUUAUACAUGCAGUAGAAGACUUGAUAAUAUACAGCAGUUCGUGAGAGCAAUCAAAGAAAUUGUGCCUCUUGACUCAGCUACGAAAUAUCUGAUAUUGGACAAAGCAGAGCGACUACGUGAUAUGCCUCCCACAAUUUUACCCAGUUUACUCCGAUUAUCAGAGAUUACAGAGCGAAAUAUAUCCGUUGUACUCAUCAGCAACCUCGUAUUUGAAAAGUUCAGAUUGAAGGGAGGUGUCGUCGAACCAUUUAUUAUACGAUUUUCUGAAUAUACAGAAGAGAAUGCGAUUCGCAUACUAGAAAUGGAUUUUAGAGAAUCGACAUCGUUCUUAGCAGAUACGCCAAAGCCUUCUGUAGAUACUUCUUCAAGUACAACCACUUCAUCAACCACAUCCUCGUCGACCACAUCAGAUUCUUCUGAAGCAGCAUCUGAUAUGGACGAUACACCUUCCUCACCUCGCAUAGACCAAACUUUUUACAGAUUUUAUAUACAGAAUCUGUACGCUGCACUGUAUCAGAACUGUAAAGAUUUGAACGAAUUGCGUUACUUUGCGUCUCUUUUAUUCCCUAUUUAUAUUCAGCCCAUCAAAGACAACGUGGUUAAAUUGGAUGAUCCCAACAAGCAUUUCACACUACUUAAACUCGCUCAAAAAUACUUUAACGAAGUGACUGAGAAAUUAUAUCUACGAGAACUAUCCAGCGCAGAAUGGCUGAUGACUUCGAGAGCUGCACAGAUGACCCACAGCGGUGUGAAUAGUCCUGCAUCUACAAGAACAGAUAUCAAAUUAAAAUACGGUGGGGUUUUAGAAUUGCCUUAUUAUACCAAAUUCCUGCUUAUCGCCUCUUAUUUGGCUUCGUACAACCCACCUCGAUUCGAUGUUCGUUACUUUGCAAAGUCUACCCACGAGAAGGUGACAAAGAAAAAAGGCGGGGGAACACGAAAGACACCCACCGUCGUUGCUCGGAAGAAAAAAGACAAUAUCCGUCAACAGCUAUUAGGCCCGAAAGCCUUUCCGGUAGAGCGUAUGUUGGCGAUCUUUUAUAGCAUCCUUGACGAUGAUACUCUAGAAGAUACAGUGGAUGUUCAGUUACAAUUAACAAGUUUGACUACCUUGCGCUUGCUUGUGAGAACUACCUCCAUGGAGCGUUUGGAUAACGUCAAAUAUAAAUGUAAUGUAGGUUUCGAAUUGGUAAAGGAAGUGGCUAGAUCAGUGAAAUUUGAAGUGGAAAAAUACCUCUACGACUUUUCAUAGGAAUUGUUUAAAUGAAAUAAAGGAUAGUGCAAUAACUUA